AUGCAAAUCCUCCCAUAUCGAUUCGAAGGAGAAGUCGUCCGUGGCUUCGGUCGUGGCGGAAAAGAGCUCGGAUGCCCGACGGCGAACAUGGAUGAUUCUGUAAUUCAGAAUCUUCCGGAAUCCCUCCAAGUCGGUGUUUACUACGGUACUGCGAUUCUCGAAGGAGAAAAGUACAGUAUGGCGAUGAGCAUCGGAUGGAAUCCACAAUAUCAGAAUGAGAAGAAGACGGUGGAGAUUCAUUUGAUCGAUUACGCUGGCGGCGAUUUUUAUGGGAAACGGCUGAGUGCAGUGAUUAUUGGAUUCAUUCGAGAGAUGAAGAGUUUCGGGUCGUUGGGUGAGCUGAAAUCUGCAAUCGCCAAGGACAUCGAAGUGGCACGUCGUGAAACAGUUGAUCAGAAUAAAUUGUGA